GAGGAGGAGGCGGCGGCCGCGGCACCCUCCGGACCGGCUCCCCCCGGGUUGUCACACGCCGGCGGCGAACGGGGCGCCGCGGCCCCAGGGGAGCCUGCUCGGGGCGGGGGGAUCGGGCCGCCCCCCUGCGCAGCCACCGCCCGAAGAGGACCCGGACCCCCCCCUCCCUGCAGCCGCCAUCGCCCCCCCCGGCUGAGCCCCGCCCCCCAGUCCCGAGGACUUUGGGGUCCGCGCCCCCCCCCUUGGGGAUUUAUCGUGCGCUGUGGGGGUCGCGUCUCCUGCUCUGGGCUCCCCCCCCGACACGCACCACUCCCCCCCCGCACCUGGGAUGUGACAGCCUGUUUCUGGAGCUGCCCAUUGACUAUGGCUCCGUAGCUGUCAGGAGACCUUAUUCCUGCUUUAUGGCCCAGCCUCGAGGAGCCGCUGCCCCGGUCGCCUUGCCCCGGGCCUGCGUGUGACAGCGGGGCCGAGCCCGCUUGGCUUGUGGCUCUUUGGGGGUUUGGUUUUUGGUUUUUUUUCCUUUUUCUUUUAAUGUUGUAGGGAGUUGGUUUAUCCCCCCCCCUCCCCCUGCGUGUGGCAAAGAAUCCGGGGGGAGAGAAGAGGGAGCCUUGAAACCACUGUGCUGCCAGAGUCUCUGUCAUGAUUCUGGGGGCGUAGGGAGGGAAAGAAGAAACGUCUAUUUUUAUUAAAGAGAUUAUUUAAAAAAAACAGAAAACCAAGAUGGCUGGAGGUGGCCGUGAUGAGCGUGUUGGCUUUUUUUUUUUGAUCUGAUGAUAAAGCCAAAAGACAACAGCAGCUGCUGCUGCACAGACUCAAUUUGGAGUUUCCCCUCCUUAAACUGACACAUCAGGCGCAUACUUUACAGGGUGGUGCCGUCUACCAGAUCGAUUUAUUUUUUAUUGUUUUUAUUACUUUUUUUUAAAAAUCUGCCCUUCUUUCUCUUGUCGCUUUAUUUUUAAAAUCCAAACUGAGAGAGGCAACUCAAAAUGGCUGAGAAUUGACUAGAUCCUGCUGGAAUUGUACAUUUCUGCAGUCUUCUUUCAGCUUCUCCCUCUCACCCCCUUUUUGCAGGCUGGAUCUGAAAGGAGAAAUAGCUUUCAUGUCAGAGAGAAAACAGAGAAGAGAAGGAAAAGGAGGGGGAAGGGCUCUUCAUUAGCAGUUGAGAAAUUCCUUUUCAGUUUGAUCAAGGCAUGCUUGUUUUCCUACCAGCGACCCAGCUCUCUCCCAAAUAUUGAGCUUCUGUUUUGUUUUAUUAUUUCUACUUUUGGAUGUUUUUACCUUGAAUCAGAAUCUCUCCAGAUCCUGAAACAAGAUUUUCAUUUUCUAAACCUGUUCCCUAGUGAGCAUUUAGAGCACAGGUUGAUUUUUGUUUCAUGAGCCUUCCCCCCCCCCCCCCCCAAACCUUUUUUCUUCUUCUUUCGUUCUCAUUCCUGUUUGUGAAAGGAGGAAGGGAUAGGGAGGGUUCCUUUGGCUCUGGGCUGGAAUUUCAUCUGAAUGAUUGACCCGUCUUCCCACUGUGUUCUUCCGUCCAAGAUCUCACUAUUCCAAAGCAACCGAAAGAAUUUUUUUUGCUGCUCAUCUGGGUUAGAAGAAAUCUCUGGGGCAGUUGAAAGAAUCCAGUUCGUUGUUUCAUUGUUUUUUAAUCUUCCAUUUGGAUCUUAACUCAGAUUUUUUAAAAAAAAAAAGACUAAUUCCUAGCUCCCCUCAGGGAGAAAAGGAAGGGAAAAAAAAAAUCGGAGGCGGUCUAUUCUCUUGGGCUUCUGACCAGGUUGGUGGACAAAAGUCCCUUUAAAAUAUUGAAUGUCAGUUGCAAACCGAAGACAAGAAAAAUCAAAUCCGGAGUUCUAAAUUUAGGAGGUUUUUAUAGAACUUGGACUCUGCUACUGGAUUUUGUAUGGAUUUUUUUUUUCCAACCUUCAGUAAGUUUUGAUUCACCUUCCGGAAUCAAAAGAAACAAAACUGCUCCUAAGAGUUGUUUAAAUUGUGGGCUUUAAACCCUGAAAGCUUCUGUGGUUUUUUUUCCAGCUGACAGUGGCCCUUAAUCAAAUCAUAUAUAUACAUUUUUGUUAGUGUUUGAGUUUCAUAGAACUCUGCUGUGGGUUAUUUUACUUUGAAUUUUAGGGUAUAUUGUAGUUUUUAUUUUUUUGUAUUAUUUUUUUAUUUUUCAAGAGCAGUUUACCGGCAGACUUCCCACUGCAGGGGGAAAAGCCCACUCUCCAGCUGCAUCUGUAGAUCAAACUGAAAUAGUAAGAGAGAGAUUAUAAAUAUAUCCGUAGAAAUGGCUGAAAAUUGGAAGAACUGUUUCGAAGAGGAACUUAUAUGUCCCAUUUGCCUGCAUGUCUUUGUGGAACCCGUUCAACUUCCUUGUAAGCACAAUUUCUGCAGGGGCUGCAUAGGGGAGGCAUGGGCCAAAGAGACUGGGUUAGUGCGCUGUCCGGAAUGCAAUCAGGCCUACAACCAGAAACCCAACCUGGAGAAGAACUUGAAACUGACCAACAUUGUGGAAAAGUUCAACUCCCUCAACCUGGAGAAGACCCCCUCGGUCUUGCACUGCGUCUUCUGCCGCAGGGGUCCCCCGCUGCCCGCCCAAAAGAUCUGCCUGAGGUGCGAGGCCCCCUGCUGUCAAUCUCACGUGCAGACGCACCUGCAGCAGCCCUCCACGGCCCGGGGGCACCUCCUGGUGGAGGCGGACGACGUCCGGGCCUGGAGCUGCCCCCAACACAACGCCUACCGACUGUACCACUGUGAAGCGGAGCAGGUCGCCGUGUGCCAAUUCUGCUGCUACUACAGCGGGGCCCACCAGGGCCAUUCGGUGUGUGACGUGGAAAUCCGGCGCAACGAGAUCAGGAAGAUGCUGAUGAAGCAGCAGGACCGCCUGGAGGAGCGGGAGCAGGACAUCGAGGAGCAGCUCUACAAGCUGGAGUCAGACAAGCGGCUGGUCGAGGAGAAGGUGAGCCAGCUGAAGGACGAGGUGCGCCUGCAGUACGAGAAGAUGCACCAGCUCCUGGACGAGGACCUGCGCAAGACCAUGGAGAUCCUGGAAAAGGCCCAGGCCAAGUUCUGCAACGAGAACGCGGCCCAGGUGCUGCACCUCAACGAGCGCAUGCAGGAGGCCAAGAAGCUGCUCAGCUCCGUCCAGCUCAUGUUCGACAAGACCGAGGACAUCAACUUCAUGAAGAAUACCAAGUCCGUGAAAAUCUUAAUGGACAGGACCCAGAACUGCACGGGCGGCAGCCUGCCGCCUCCCAAGAUCGGCCACCUCAACUCCAAGCUCUUCCUGAACGAGAUCGCCAAGAAGGAGAAGCAGCUGAGGAAGCUGCUGGAAGGUCCAUUCAGCACCCCGGUCCCAUUCCUACAGAGCAUCCCCAUGUACCCGUGCCCUAGCGUCAGCAACUCUGGAGCGGAGAAACGCAAGCACUCCGCGGCCUUCCCCGAAGGCAGCUUCCUAGAGCCAUCGUCCGGGACUGUGGCUAGCCAGUAUAUGAGCCAGGGGGCUUCCGCUGGUGAGGGCCAGUCCGCACAGCCCAUGGUGCCUUGUACCUCCACGCAGCACAUUGUCGGACUGCCCAGUGGCCCGCAGCCAGUCCACUCUGGUUCGGUCUUCAACCCGUCUCACUAUCCCAAUAGCACGUCAUCUCAGCAGUCUGUGCUCUCCCAGUACGGCGGGCGCAAGAUCCUGGUGUGUUCAGUGGAUAACUGUUACUGUUCCUCGGUGUCCAACCACAGCGGGCACCAGCCGUACCCCAGGUCGGGCCACUUCCCCUGGACAGUCUCUUCGCAGGAGUACUCCCACCCGCUCCCCCCUGCUCCGGCUGUUCCUCAGUCGCUUCCCGGACUUGCCGUGAGGGAAUGGAUUGACGCAUCCCAGCAGCACGGGCGGCAGGAUUUCUAUAGAGUCUACGGCCAACCUUCCACCAAACACUACGUCACCAGUUAACCAUCAGACUCCCCAUAGAGUGUUGUUAAUUACACAUUCGGAGCUAAAAAUCCAGUUUUCUUGCUUUCUUUUUAAAUCGCAUCCAAUUUUCUUCCUUCCCACCUCUUCGGAAUUUGGGAGGCUCUUUUCUCUCAUCUCUCUCUCUCUUUUUUUUUUUUUUAAAUAUUGGUUUUUAAUUUAAUGUUUUCAAAAUUCCUCCCUUCGCUGGAAAAAGAUGAGGAUGAAAUUAACGAAAAGAAAUGAAUGAGGUUUUUCAAUCAGACACCUGGUUUCGAAUUUCACACGUACUUGCUACUUCCUGGUUUGGAAAACUUAGAGGGACGGUGGCUCUUUUUCUAUUUCAGUGUCUGUGGGUUCUUUUUGCUUUGCGCUUAAUUCUUAUUUUUUCCUUCCCUUAAAAAAAAAAAUUCUAUCAUUGAUUCAGUAAGAAACGAUACUUGUAGAUUUUUGGGUUUGUUUUUUUUUAAAACAAGGCUUAUCUUUUCGUGUGUGUGUGUGUGGAAAGGCCACUUAUCAUGCAUCCUGGCAUUUUUUUUUCCUUCUUUCGAAGAUUUGUAAAUACACAAUGGCAGGAGAUUUAAUGCACAAACAAACAAAAACAAACAAAAAAAAGGGAAAAGAAACUUAAAAAAAAAAAAGAAUAAAUAAGAAAAAAUAUUUCUGUUUUAGUUUCCGGGGGGGAAGCGUCGCCAAGUUGCACACGCCCCUUCCCGUGUAUCGCUGAUGCAACUUCCUGUAACAAGCACUUUGUAUAAAAAAAAAAAGUGGACUUCCUGCUAUAAGGCACAGGUAUUUAUUCUGUAACCAAUUUUAGAACACAAAAAAAAUAUUCAAAUAAAUGUGAUCACUUAGUGCAAA